AUGCGGUUUGCCACCGCCAGUCAGUUCACCUUCUACAGCAGCUUCUGGACAGAUGACGAGCUCGUGGAUGAAGCCGACGCUGACCCUUCCAAGGAUGCCGACGGCAAGUUCGAUGCGUUUGUCUCUGCGCCCGCCACCGAAAUCAGAGGGUGUCUCCCCGGGGGGUGCAAGACGUACAGUUUUGCUUCCAUGGGGUUGGCCACCACCACGACUCUCAAGGAUUUGUUCAAAAACACUCCCAUCGGCUCAUCGACGAAUAUUCGGUUCGGCGAGUCGACUGCUGACAUCAGGCUGUGGGCUGAAUACGCAGGCCGGAAUGGAUAG